GCCCUUGUUAUUUGUCUCGCCGAGUGACCCGCAUUCGAUUGCCAUGCCGUUGGCUUGCGGCGCGGGCUUGCGGCGCUCACGGCGCUCGCGGCAUGCGGGCCAAAUUAUGGCUGCUCACCAGCCUCUCCAAGGCAGACGAGUACGUGAAGGUGCUCAACGGCCGGUGCCUGGAGUUCGAGGAGGUCACGCCCCUGGGCGCCAGAGGCGCCGACUGGAGCGGCGAUCUGGAUGCCCGCGCCCGAGCCUGGUGCAGUCGCCGCAGCUGGUGCGUGGGCUACAUGCGCUACAUGGCCGACGAGGAAGAGAGCUGUCAUGAGUGGUGCGGGCGGCCGCAGUUCUGCAAGGAUGUCAGCAUGGCGCCCAGCGAGGAGUGGGUCUCCUAUGUUCGGAAGUCGCCUUUGAAGCGCUUCCAGGAGGAGCAGCUCCAAUUGGAGGAGGCGGAGGAGCUUCCGCCGUGGGCGAGGCCGACAGAAUUCAGCUGCCCAUACCCCUACGAGGGCGUGGUGAGCCUUUGGAACGAGGAGCCGCCCAAAGAGGCGGAGCCGGUGCUGCGGGAGACCUUCCAGGAGACCUGCCGCGUGCUGCGAGCUGACGGCGUUCCAAGCCAGGGCCAAGCGGAUGAGCCGAGCCAAGAGUCGCCCCCUGCCGCAGCUCAGGCGGCAGCGGAGGAUGGGCCCUUUUUCCAUGGCGUUCUGUCAGAGACCGAAGAGAUGGUGAAGUACUUUUCAGCCGACACAUCGGAAUACCCUUGGGUCUACUUCUUGGACAACUUGGAGUACAUCGGAGAGACCGUGCUUGGAGGAAACACCAUCAUUGGCCCAAAGCAGCAUUAUCUCUCCAUGUUCUACACUUCGUCCCAAGCUGCUUGUGACGGCAAGAACAAGAGCCAGUGGACGGCAGAGGAUGUCGAGGAGAUCUUCCCAGGCCAUGUCUAUGUGGACGAUGGGAGCUUGGAGACUCGCCGCGCAGCCUUUCUCUCCUACCACUUCACGGCCAUUUGCGUGGGCCCGGAGGAGAUGCAUUUGGUGCCCCAGGCGGUGGUCGACGCGGUGGGCUUCGGCACCCACCCGCUGGUGCCCAGCGCGGUGCACGAGCGCCUGCAGAGGGUCUUCUUCCACUUGCCGGAUGCGGUGCAGCCAUUCGUGCGCCUGCAUCCCUUGAUCCUGGAGGGCUACCUCGAGGAUAUGUACAACAACCCGGCGAAGAAUGAUGCAAUGUACUACAAGCAGACCUUCCUUUUUCUCAUGAUGGAGCUCUUCCGAUACAGAUACCGGCACGACAUUCAGACGCGUAUCAGAAACUCUGCUUGCGCGAUGUGCACGGAUCAGAGGAAGUUGCAAACCAUCCAGCAGGCCAGCCUCACGGACGGUCCACCGGAGAUCGCGAUUGCCUUUUGCCUCAUGAGCCGACGGUCAGGCAGUGCCUUGCGCACUGCCAUCCGUCAAACUUGGGCAAGGCGUCUAGGCCCAACCUCCGCCCUGCGCUUCUUUGUGGGCAAGGUCGAUGAGGGCGGAGCCUUUGAGGACCAAGGGGCCCCGGACGUGGUGGAGCUGGACGCUCCGGAGAGCUACGAGGCGGUCACGCUGAAGGCGCUGUCGAUGCUGCACUGGGCUCGCCAGAGCUUCCCCCAGCUGCGGUUUUUGGUCCGCGGGGACGACGACGUCUACCUGCGGCCCUUCUUCCUCCUGCGGCAGCUGGAGCAGCGGCCGGCAGUAGGUUACCUCUGGGGAAACUUCGACAGCGGCUCCUCGGUGGUGAGGGACCCCACCCACCCCCACUACAACUCAGAGGAGCAGCUGCCCAUUCGGGAUCACCCGAUGUUCGGCGACAUCUUCCCGCCCUACGUGCGCGGCCAUUUGUGGGCCAUGUCCGCGGACUUGUUGGCGCGGCUCAGCGACGUCUGGGCCGCGCAACUCCGGGAGGUGGAGGACGUGACGCUGCAGCUGGCCAAGAGCUUGCCGCACCCCGACGACCCGGCGAUCGGCGUGAUCAUGGCCAGUUUGGUGGACAUGGGUGACAUCAGUUUGGCGGUGGACGACCGGGAUCUGAACCACUUUGCGCUGAACCCCUCCUGCAACGCCACCUACCUCAACAUCCACAACCGCACCUGGGUGAUUCACCACGUCACCCCGGAGGCGAUGCAGUGCUUCUGGUCCAUCGACGAGCAAGAGGAGGAAGGCGAGCUGCCGGACCUGUGCUCCUGCUCUAUGGACGUGGUGGAGGAGAAGUCGGGGAAUCCGGACGAUGACGAGUUUGACUAUCCGCGGGUCACCAAAGGCUUGCGGCUCUUACGGCUCCCCUUCGACCACGGGAGCCUGAGGAUGGCGUGGGGGAAGCCGGUGCCGCGAGAGCUGUGCGCGCGAGAUGUGCUGAAGCUGACCUCCCAAAUCGAGAAAGAGGAAAGGGUCAUUGUGGAAGCCUUUGAGAAAGACAAAGCCCGCAAGGCCAAGCUUCGGCGACAAGAGAAGAGGGAGCGGGAAGAGAGGCGCCGAGCAUCGCGGGGAGCAUCUGUAGUGGAGGAGGCGGCAAGCCCCUCCAGGCUUAGCCGCAGAUCCGCUUCCACCUCGGAGCUUUCUAGGAGCAGCCGAGGAGUAGAGGCGCGGAUUCCAGAGGAUCUGCGGGCGAUGGCGUCCUUCCCGUUGGUGGACGAGUGGUUGAUGAAGAUCCGAGUGCGGGAGGUGGACGGGCGCACGCCCAAGCUGCGCUUCAGCGUGCGCGAGAACCCCGCGCACUGGGUGCCCGGCUCCAGGAUGUACAUCGACUACAAGCCGGAGUUUUACCUGGAAUGA